UUGAAAUUGUUCCACAUCUUUGAUAAAACUAGAAUUGAUAGAUCCAACCUUAACCAUAAUUGUGUAACUAGUAAAUAAUUGCUUGUCAUUAUUCCUUAACAAUCGGCAAACGAUACCUGGACAGUGAAUUACGAAUGUGAUUCUUGUAUUAUCUUCAAAAUGAAGCUUAAUAUAAACACGUUCUUAUCCAAUACAUCAUGAUAAUUUUUAUUAAUCGAGAAACUUAUUCAUAAUUUAUGUUCAAAGUAUAACUGAUUAGUUCUUAUAUUACUGUGUUUGUAUUAUAGUUUACAAUAUAAUAAAAGAAAUAGAUUCAAUUAUAUAAGAUAUAUACUGUAAAUAAAGCAACGUACAAAAAAUGGUAUGAAGGAUGCAAACUGUUAAAUGAUUUAAAAUUAUACAGUAAAUUCAUUUUUCAAGCCAUCAUGACUGCGAUAUUGGGAGGAGGUAUAGCGGGUUUGUCUGCUGCUUACUAUGCAUUGAACAAUCCAAAGAUUGGUCCUGUCAUAUUAUUUGAGGCUUCCAAUCGCCUCGGUGGUUGGAUUCGUACACGAAAGUCCAAAAGUGGAGCAUCUUUUGAAGAAGGUCCAAGAACUAUAAGACUUGCUGGUAUCGGUGGAAAAAAUACUUUAGACUUAAUCGAUCGAUUGGAUUUGACGGAUCAGAUUUUUUCUAUAAAAAGAAAUCACCCUGCAAUAAAAAAUAAAAUGUUUUUCGUGGAUAAUAAAUUAUGCCGUGCAGCUACCGUUUUGCAGGAUUUACUGAUAGGCAAGAAGUUCUUUGAUAUGCCUAUAAUCCAGAUGAUAAGGAACGAUUUGAAAGCUGAAAGGAAUGUCAGAGGUGAUGAAAGUAUCUAUAAUUUUAUAGAAAGGAAAAUGAGUAAAGACGUAGCUGAUAAAGUGAUUAGCCCCGUAUUAUGUGGAAUCUGUGCGGGGGAUGCACGUCAAAUUAGUGUAAAUUUCCUAUUACGUACUAUAUUUGAGUUAGAACAGCAACAUGGUUCAAUAAUUAAGGGUAUCGUAAAAAAAAAAUUGAAAGAGAUAUUUACAAGAUCAAAUGAAGAGAAUGAAUCAAAUACCAAUACUGUCACACAGUCAGAAAGAUUAAACAAGAGAGAAAGAACUGCAGAUAUCGCUAAAGCUGAAAAGUGGGCUAUUGUAGCAUUUAAAGAAGGGCUAGAAGAAUUUCCAAAAAAACUUGCCAGCAAUGUACGACUCCGAGGAGGAGACAUCCUUAUAGAUCACAAGUGUGAGAAAGUUACAUUUAAGCCAAACCGUGUCGAACUGGUAGUGAAUGGAGAAACAAAAGAAUAUUCACGAGUUAUCUCUAGUCUUCCUGCAAAAAAAUUAGCAAGUUUGUUGCAUCGGCAGCAUCCACAGUUGGCAAGAGAAUUAGAAGCUAUACCUACAGUUACAGUAGCUGUUGUAAAUCUACAGUUUUCAGGUCAUCCAUUAUCAUUGCAAGCUUUUGGACUUUUAGUUCCUCCGAAAGAGAAACUUCCAAUAUUAGGAAUAAUUUUUGAUUCUUGCUUAUCUUCUGAUGGAUCAUCAACGGUGAUGACAGUGAUGAUGGGAGGAGCAUGGUUUGAAGAGUACUUUGGAAAGUCUCCAUCCAAAGAUCAUUUACUAUCGGUCGCAGUCGAGCAUUUAAAAUCCAUUUUGCAAAUUCCCGACGAUCCGGUAGAAUUCAAUGUAGCCAUUUUGCAGGACUGCAUUCCACAGCACAUUGUGGGCCAUGUUCAGCGACUUAAGCGUAUCACCAAUUACAUCUCUGCGCAUGGAAUUCCUUUAGCGUUGUGUGGAUCCUCUUAUCAAGGUGUUGGAAUUAAUGACGUUAUUCUGUCAGCAAAACAAGCCGUGUCUGAUAGUGUCUGUUUCUCAUAAUAAUUAUGUUUCCUUUUGAGCAUAAAACUUGUCAUCGCUUCAUAAAGUAAAAAAAACUGAUUUCCAUUACUUCAAAUUACCAGUAUAAUGCAAAAGCCAAAUCAAGACACAAAUGAGAACUGAAAGAAAAAUCUUCAUGUGCAUUAGAUUAAGUAAUAAAGAGCGCCAAACAGCACUCUAUGAAUACUUAAUAUUCGGUAUUUUUUGUUAAAAAAAAAAAAGAUCGGCAGAAAAAUAUAGACACAUUUAGAUUUUUCUAUUGCUGUUCCCCUAACAGUAUCUUUUUUUUAAUCUACACAUGCUUCAGUUGACAUGCUGAAAAAAAUUUGUCAAUGUUAUAAAAGGAAUAGGCUAAGUAAUACCUUAAAAAUGAUACUAACAGUUUUUUACAUUUACAGUUGUACAUAAGGAAUACAUAUUGUGAUUGAAGUUCACCUUCAAUAAUGUAUAAAAUUCAUUAUAUUAUAAAUAAAAUAAACUGUAUAUUGA